UACGUUCUCGUCCUUGUGUUUUUUUCCCUCCCGCGUACAGUUAGCUGGACCUGGACGCCUCCUCUCCUCGCUUCCUGCUGCUGCGUUGCUUGCUUCUUCCGUCCGACCCCGAGAGAUCCCCGCGAAAGCGAGAAGAAGCGAGGUGGUGAGGUCGGCGGCGAAGGCCAUGGCGGCGGGCCCUUCCAGGUCGAGGGGCGACUACGACCAUCUAAUUAAGAUGCUUCUAAUCGGGGACAGCGGAGUAGGAAAGAGUUGCUUGCUGCUGCGGUUCUCCGAUGACACAUUCACAACAAGUUUUAUCACCACCAUUGGCAUUGAUUUCAAGGUUAGGACAGUUGAACUUGAUGGAAAGCGUGUAAAACUGCAAAUUUGGGAUACUGCUGGUCAAGAACGUUUCCGAACAAUUACAACUGCUUACUAUAGAGGCGCUAUGGGCAUUCUUCUCGUUUAUGAUGUCACAGACGAGUCCUCCUUCAACAACAUUAGAAAUUGGGUCCGCAACAUAGAGCAGCAUGCAUCUGAUAACGUCAACAAGAUCUUGGUGGGCAACAAGGUUGAUAUGGAUGCAAAGCGGGUGGUGUCCACAGCUCAAGGUCAGAAGCUCGCAGAUGAAUACGGGAUGCAAUUUUUUGAGACGAGUGCAAAAACAAAUCAAAACGUAGAGCAGGUAUUCUUCACCAUUGCAAGGGACAUAAAGCAAAGGUUGACUGAAACUGUUGCCGCUGCAGCUGAGCCCCCAAUCAUUCAGAUCAGUAGGCCGGAUCCAGAUCAGGCUGGUGCUGCCUCGUCACGGUGGUCGUCCUGCUGUAACACCUGAUCAAUGCUGUGGUGAAAUUGCACACCGUCUUAAUGCAGUUGAUGCAUUGACUGCUAGAUUACUGCUUCAGUGUGUUUUACUCCGGUGCCAUGCCAAGAUGUAAAUUCUAGUUCGAAAAGACCAAUACUCUGACCAUUAUGGUGUUGUGAUUCUUCAGUGAGGUGUUCCAGUGUAUUCUUAUUUGCAUUGCCGUGUUCUAGCCCAGUGGUUCAUGCUAAUGUAUGCUUGGAAACUCUUGUUUUUAGCUCCAGAUUUGCCAGAGCAAACAUUUCAACAGAUGAGCUGGUGGAUUUGCUCCUGUCAUGUAAACAAAACCUUCAAGAGACAGCAGUAUCUGAUUGUAUGGAAUCGUGGUUGUACAUAGUGCAUUAUA